AUGUUUAUGUACGGUCUUCUAAUGGCCCACCCGCUUGGCUCGGCAAAAGCCGCCAGUCCCAAUCUCCUCAACAGGCGGUGUCCAGGGCGGCCCGAAGAAGUCGCCCUGUUAACGCCUCAUUCACUCUUUACCUUCUCUUAUUUGAUGCGGCAGAGAAAAAACGGAGGUGAUCUCGAUCGUCGUUCACUCGCUUUCUCUUUUUCUUUCUCUCUCGCUCUCACGACUGGCCCGUAUGUCCGAGCAUUUGUGACUUUUCCCCUGACUGAUCGCCUAUUUGGCCAGAAAUAUGCAGGGAUUAGCUCAGUAUCACAGCCAAUUACACACCCUCCACCUAGCAUCACCACACCCACAUUCACCUCCAUCAGGACCACAUCCAGUUUCAUUCGCCUCGCUGUGGCGUGA